AUGGCUACCCCUAGUGUCCUAGUUUUUGACGCUGAGGGUCGCGCCAUUGAUUUUGAGGUCUGGUUAGACGACCUGCAGCUGUUCUUACAGUGCGACAGGGCUGACGACCUUUCUCUCUUUGACCUCACCUCUGGCGCCUCUCCUGCUCCUGCUGCUGAUGCUGAUCCCGCUGUCCGCUCUAAGUGGGCCACCCGCGAUGCUGCUGCACGUCUUGCUGUGCGUCGCCACCUCCCUACCUCUGAGCGUGCGCACUUUAGUCAGUACAAGAGUGCUCAGACCUUGUACGACGCUGUAGUUGCGCGCUACUCCUCCCCUGCCACUGCUGCACUGAGCCGUCUCAUGCUUCCCUACCUCUUUCCUGACCUCUCUGCCUUUCCCACUGUCGCUGACCUCAUUACGCACCUCCGCACUAGUGACACUCGCUACCGCGCCGCCCUUCCUGCUGAGUUCUGCGCUAAGAACCCCCCCCCCAUGUACAUCGCUCUCUACUACGUAGUCGCGCGCCUCCCUGACUCCCUUCGCGUCGUCAGGGACCACUUUCUCGCAGUCUGUCCCACCACCCUCACCGUCGACCUCCUCGAGAAGGCCCUCCUUGCAGCGGAGAAGAGCAUAGUCGCUGUAGGUGCUUCUCGUGGUGACCCUCGCACCCCCAUCUUUGAGGGGUGCUCUCCUUCCCCCUUGCUGCCCUCUGUUGCCUCUGCUGCUGCUGCCGACCUGCUUGGUCUUGAGUCGGUCGACGCGGCGUCUGCCCCUAGUGGGAGACGUCGCUCCAGCAAGGGCAAGGGGGGCAAGGGCGCGGGUGGAGCUGGAGGGGGCGGUGGCGGUGGCGGCGGUGGCGGCGGAGGAAGUGGGGGUGGCGGCGGGACUAGUGGUGGUGGUGGUGGUGGUGGUGGCAGCAGCGGCGGAGACGGUGGUGGUGGUGCCAGCGGUGGUGGUGGAGGCAGCGGCGGCGGUGGAGGCGGCGGAGGUGGAGGCGGUGGAGGCGGCAGCGGAGGAGGCGGUGGUGGUGGAGGAGGUGGAGCUGGUCGGGGUGGUACCCAGCAGCGUAGCGGCGGUGGUGGUGGCCAGCGCUCGCACCGGCAGCAGCAGCAGCGCUCGCGGGACAUCCCUUCGCCUCAGCAGCUUCGUGAGUGGUACGCUGGGCGUCAGAGGGGUGGGGGUACUGGUCCCUGCACCUACGUUCUUCGUUCCGGCGACCGCGCGGGUGAGCAGUGUGGGGGUGCCCACGCCACCCAGCGCUGCUUUGGCCGCCUGACGGACGCCUGGCGUCAGCAGUUCCCUGGGGCUAGUGAGAUCCCUCGCUGGGAUGAGCUUCUCAGGGCUGGUGUAGCGAUCUUUGAUCUGGAUUUUGAUGCUAUCCUUACUGCUAUGUAUGUUGUGGAUUAUAGUGAGGAGAAUGAGGGUUACCGUUGUUUCCAGCCCAACCCGGGCAUUGGUACUGCUGCGCUAGGUGCUUGUGAGGCUGCUGCUCUAGGUGCCAGUGCGUCUGCGCUCUCAGGUACUGGUGAGACUGCGCUCUCAGGUACUGCGUCGUCCUCGUCCUCCCUCACUUUCACACUUGACUCCGGAGCUUCUCGCUCCUUCUUUCGAGACCGCACUACCCUUACGCCGCUCGGCCGGCCGGUUGCGGUCUCCCUUGCUGACCCCUCUGGAGGUCCUGUCCUGUCUCACUUCUCCACUGUCCUCCCGUGUCCGGCUGCCCCUUCGGGCACCCUGUCGGGUCUGUACCUUCCCUCGUUCUCUACGAACUUGGUGAGUGGAGCGGACCUGCAGGAUGGCGGUGUUCACCAGUUCACUCCUGCGAGACAGCGGGUGACCCACUGCACGGAGGCACGCACAGGCCGACACCUGGCCACGUUCUCGCGUCGGCCGGGGUCGAGUCUCUACACCCUGACCGUUGAGUCUCCUCCUGUCCCUGCGUCUGGUCAGGUGGCUGCGUCGGGUCAGGUAUUUGCUGCUGCGUCCCGGUCAGGUCCUGAGUCUGCCCCCUGUUCUUGUCGCCUCCUGUCUCACGAGACUCUCCUGUGGCACCACCGUCUUGGCCACCCCUCCUUGCCCCGUCUUAGGAGCAUGGCUUCCCGUGUCCUUGUCUCUGGUCUUCCCCAGUCUCUCCCUCCUCUCCCCUCCGGGCCAGGACCUUCCUGUGUCCCCUGUGUCGAGGGUCGCCUCCGGGCUACUCCUCACUCCUCCCACUUCCCCCCGACAGAGGCUCCCCUGCAGACGCUUCACAUGGAUGUGUGGGGCCCAGCCCCCGUCCGUGGGCAGAGUUACGAGCGCUACUUCCUGUUGGUGGUUGACGACUACUCGCGUUACACCACAGUCCUCCCCUUGCGCAGCAAGGGUGCGGUCACUGAGGUGCUGAUCGACUGGAUCCGCGAGGCUCGUCUCCAGCUCAGGAAGAGCUUCGGCUCGGACUUUCCUGUUCUGCGUCUGCACUCUGACAGAGGCGGAGAGUUCUCUUCUCGCCUUCUGCGAGACUACUGUCGUGCACGGGGGAUCCGCCAGACCUUCACGCUUCCGGACUCACCACAGCAAAAUGGGAUUGCUGAGCGCCGCAUUGGCAUGGUCAUGGAUGUCGCUCGUACGUCCAUGAUGCAUGCGGCUGCCCCCCAUUUUCUGUGGCCGUUUGCGGUGAGGUACGCGGCGCAUCAGCUCAACCUUCACCCCCGGGUCUCUCGGCCUGCGAUGUCCCCUGCCUUGCUGUGGACGGGGAAGGUUGGCGAUGCGUCUGUGUUCCGUGUCUGGGGAUCUCGGGCGUUUGUCCGCGACUUGUCUGCGGACAAGCUGUCCCCUCGUGCUGCUCCCUGUGUCUUCCUUGGCUUCCCCACUGACGCCCCAGGGUGGCAGUUCUACCACCCCUCCUCUCGUCGUGUUCUGUCCUCCCAGGAUGUCACGUUCGACGAGUCAGUCCCCUUCUACCGUCUCUUCCCCUACCGCACUCCUUCCCUCCCCCCUCCCCCGGACUUCCUUGUGCCGGUUCCCCCCCCGGUAGACCCCCUCCCCCCUCAGGUUCUUGCCCCCUCAGGUGUGUCCCAGGUAGACGCCGUUGACCCGGUCGAGGUUACUGCGCUGCUGAGCCUGGGGGUGCUGAGCUGGGAGCUGCUGAGUCUGGAGGUGCUGCUGGAGCUGGAGCUGGAACUUCUUUGA